AUGGCGUCUUCUCAGCCUUUGCUUCUAUCUCCGUCACUGUGGUUUUUGGCUAUAGAGCGCUCAGAUAGAAAUACCGUUAGGCAAAAUGUGAAUCGCUUUGCUCGCUUUAGGCGAUUUUGUGCGAAUGGAGAUGGUGAGACAGGAUUGAUCGAAGCCACACGUCUCAAUGAUACGCUCCUUGUUAGCAUCCUAUUACCUCACGAAAUGACACUCCAGACGCUUUCGGGAGAGACUGCGCUUAUGGUGGCUUCCAAACUAAACUAUGCUUCUGUAGCAGAACUGCUUGUUAAAUACGAGGCAGGGAUUCAGGAUAAAGCAGGACACACUGCACUAAUGCAUGCGCUUAUCCACCAUAACUUCGCUCUUGUUCCUAUUCUAUUACAACGAGAACUGGGACAUGUCGAUUCACAAGGCAGAACUGAAUUAUACUAUGCUGCAGUAAGCGGUAACGUCGAUGUAUUUGUUCUGAUAAUGUCUGCAGCUCUCAAGAAACCUAGGGGCAUUGAAAGCCUAUCUGCGUUAUGGCAUCAAUUAUCAGCAGAGUCUGAAAGCGCAGCGCCGGUUAUCUAUGAGCUUAUUCAGGAACGUUUAGAUUCUAGGUGUAAGUGCGCAGAAGAAAAUACUAAACUGAUAAACCUCUUGCAGUCAGGGCAAACAGCAUUUCCACGAGGUUUGCUGCGAGCAUGCGCUAAACAGAAAAAUGCGAAAGGACAAACCGCUCUCAUGGUAGCAGCUAGUUUGAACCUGCUCAGUGCAGUGGAGAUCUUGUUAGAAUAUGAACUUCUUGCUCAGGACAACAAAGGCCAAACAGCGCUCAUGUAUGCUGCUAAAUUAGGGUCAGUCAAGUGUGUGAGCUUAUUGCUUGGGGAAGCGGGAAAGCAAGAUUCGCAUGGAAAUACAGCGCUUGUGCUUGCUCUGAAAUCUCACCAGUGGGAUGUCGCUAGACUACUAGCAGAGUGCUCCUUAGAACACAAACAUCAGAACGAGGCUGGAUGGACGGCUUUGAUGUUAGCUGCGAAGCUUGGUCGGUCAGAUAUUGCAGAACUUUUGCUGAGUGAGACUAGAAUGCUAUCAUAUGACCAGCAAACCGCAUUUAACAUGGCGCUUGCCUUUAAAAGCGAGCCUGUCGCUGUUCUCCUGGCUCCAUAUGAAUAUGACAUCCCAUGCUUCACCGGGGAGCCACCAUAUGUUGCCUGUUUAAAAGCAGGGUUUCUCGUGGCUGCUGAAAGAACCAAAGAGGCUCUUGCAUCUGCCGGUCAGCCCGUUUAUGCAACCUCUCUCAUGGAAGCUGCAGAUACCAAUGACAUUGCUCUUCUUACAGAGAGCGUAAAGGAGGUCGGGGCCAGGGAUGCUUUCGGAAUGACAGCAAUGAUGUACGCAGCACUGCGGGGCCACAAUGAGUGUAUACGUUUCCUUGUCGCACAUGAAAGCGGACUAGUGGAUAAUAACUUGUGGACUGCUUUGAUGCAUGCGUCCCGUGUUGGCAAUAUUGAAGGAGUUCAGAUCUUGCUAGAACGUGAGGCUGGCCGGCGCAACAAUCAAGGCUGGACAGCACUGAUGAAUGCUGCUAAGUUUGGGCACUUGGAAAUAGUCCGCCUACUGAGAGAUGUAGAGGCCUGUCUUCAGUCAGAUAAAGGAGCCACAGCUCUCCACAUAGCGGCUCAGUAUGGAUAUACAGACAUAGCGAGCCUGCUGAUUGACAAAGAACAGAAAAUUCAGGACUCUCAGGGCUGGUCCGCUCUCAUAAACGCAACACACAAAUCACGCACAGAUUGUAUUUCUUUGCUUGCUCCUUAUGAGGCUCGACUCCAGACCAUUCACGGUAAAACGGCCAUGAUGAUAGGAGCAAACCAAAUCAAAGCAAACAUGAUCAAGAUACUACUCCCUUACGAGGGUCGGUGUCAGGAUUCUUUCGGAAUGACAGCAAUGAUGUAUGCAGCACAGGCCGGCUACAUCAACAAUGUGAUGGUGCUGGCUGAUGUGGAGGCAGGGCUAACUAAUAACAAGGGUGAACGUGCAAUAGACUUGGCACGCAAAGGUGAUUAUAAGAAAAUUGCCCUGUUUCUUUCCAAUUUUGAGAAGUGA